ACCUGCUGAUCAGUCACUCAAGGGAACGCAAAAUUAGCUUAAAGCAAAACUAAACUACUUCUCAAAUUACCCUCAUUCCAAGAAAUUCCCAGUAAUCAUCGGUGUCAUCUUCAACCAUCACUGUUGACUGAGCUCUAGCAUCAAGGGUAUGAACUUGUUUGGGGACAUCUCUUUUACAUAGUAUGAAAGACAAAUCGUCAUGUUGUUAACAUGCCAUUGAAGAAGAUUUGACAGCUGUUUUACAGUAUGUGAUAGUCACAACCUAUAUUUACAUAUUUCCCUGCACUGACACUGCUGUAAUUGGGAUUUCUAAGUGACACGCAUGUGUUCUGCUGCUGCUGCUCUGCCAAUGACAACUUUGGGAACAGUCGGCAAAAUGAAGUUUGGGACAGAUAUGAUUGCUAAUUUGAACUAUGUGAUGGGAGAGACGAGAUGUGAGUUAACAGUCCUUGAUGUGGCAGAGACCCUGCAGCAGAGAUAUGCUUUCAUAUCAGGUGGCAGGUCGAGGGAUGGCUGUCCAAUCAUGUCGCUGCCAGACAAUCCUCACAACUCUGAAGUCACAGAACAACAGUACCAGGAUGUAGUGACAUACCUGUGCAGUAUACCAUCCGACAUUCGUGAUGUUACCCCAGGAAGGGAGAAUAAGGGGUUGAGGUACUGGCUGUUACAGUAGAUGUUUCUCCCCCCUCCUACUGUUUAUCAAUGUGUUUGUGUGUCUGUAUGUAGUUAUGGAUUAGAAUUUCAGCAAAAAAGAAACAAAUUUUAUCAACCAUGUCCUAGGAACCUGUGUUUUAGCUGCACACUCGAGGCCCUUUAAAUUUAUGAUAAACGCUGCAUGCCCUUCACUAGGGCUUGGUAUAUAAGGACCCAUUACUAGGGUCUUUUUACUAUAGGUAUCGGUAUGUGUGUUUCAGGAACUUUUUGACAUUCCUGUUAAAGAGCCCCACAUUUUGGUACUUGUAUAAAAUUAAAGAUACAUAUUAGUAGAGACCUUUCAUUUUGGGCUCUUUUAUACAUCUUAGACUAUAUAAUGUGCCAUGGGUCCCUGAACAAGACCCUGAAGUACAGCUCCGUACAUGUUCUCCUUUAUAACAAAUUACUACA